CGGUAGUGUGGGACCAGAUAUGGUUCAACUUUAGCAAUUUUUAGAACAUUCCUAUCACUACGACAUGUUUUUGCAAGUCCGGUGAUGGUCAUACUCGCCAUAUGAAAAGCUCGCGCAGUGUCAGAAGCGGAAAAAUACAACGGAAAAGUUACUAACAGAACCAGGAAGCGUAGAUUACGUCCAACGACCUUACGACCGACGAUUACAUAACUUACUGCCGACUCUGAGGGAUUAGGAUAGCGCGAAAUGGCCAACAAAGUACUGAGAAAUGUGACGCACUGCAUCUUCGACAUGGAUGGCCUGUUGCUCGACACGGAACGUCUCUACUCGGAGGCCAUGCAAAUGAUACUCGAUCCGUAUGGCAAGACGUUUACGUUCGACGUCAAGGAGCAGCUCAUGGGCCUACAGACGGGCCCAUUGUCUGCGUUUAUGGUCAAACAGUACGACCUGCCUAUGACCUGCGAGGAGUACGCUCGACUGCAGCGCACAAAUGCCGAAAAACUGAUGCGGGAUGCCCAGUUGAUGCCAGGUGCUGAGCGCCUUUUGCGUCAUCUGCACGCCAACAAAGUGCCCUUCGCUUUGGCCACCAGCUCUGGAGCAGACAUGGUCGAGCUGAAGUCCACGUAUCACAAGGAACUAUUUGCUCUCUUCAGUCACAAGGUGUGCGGGUCCACCGACAAGGAGGUGGCAAACGGCAAGCCGGCUCCGGACAUUUUUCUGGUGGCCGCCAGUAGAUUUUCAAAGCCAGCCGCUGCCGGCGAUUGCCUGGUGUUUGAGGAUUCGCCCAAUGGGGUGACAGCGGCCAAUAGCGCCGGCAUGCAGGUGGUCAUGGUUCCGGAUCCGCGACUGUCCGAGGAGCGUUGUUCCCACGCCACGCAGGUGUUGCGCUCUCUCGCCGACUUCAAGCCGGAGCAGUACGGACUGCCGCCGUUCACGGAUUGAAUAUGAGCUUAUUUGAUGUACUCUCUUUUUGUAGCCAGGCGAGGCUGAUACUGGAAAUUUGUGUACCUUCUAACCUGAGAUGGGUUUUAAGCCUAAAUGUUACUUAAUAUACACGUAAACUGUGCAAAUAUUUA